AUGGCUCCCAGGGUCAUUGUCGUCGGUGGUGGAUUGUCCGGUCUCAGUGCCGCUCACACAGUCUACUUGAACGGUGGAAAUGUCCUCGUUUUGGAUAAGCAGAGCUUCUUCGGUGGCAACUCCACAAAAGCCACAUCCGGUAUCAACGGUGCUCUCACACGAACACAGGUCGAUCUCGGUAUUCAAGAUAGCGUCAAGCAAUUUUAUGAAGAUACCCUCAAAUCCGCUCGUGACAAGGCCCGUCCCGAAUUGAUCAAGGUCUUGACCUACAACUCCGCUUCUGCCGUUGAGUGGUUGCAGGAUGUGUUCAACCUUGAUCUUACUUUGGUUUCGCGACUUGGUGGACAUUCCUUCCCCCGUACCCACCGUGGUCAUGAUGCCAAAUUCCCCGGCAUGGCCAUCACAUACGCCCUCAUGCAGCGACUCGAAGAGCUCACCGAGACUGAACCCGAGCGUGUUCAAGUCAUUAAGAAGGCACGCGUCACUGCCGUCAACAAGGAAGGUAACCACGUUACCGGUGUCACGUACGAAUUCAACGGCGAGACUCAUACCGCCGAUGGUGUUGUCAUCUUGGCUACUGGCGGUUAUGCCGCCGAUUUCACCGAAGACUCUCUUCUCAAGAAACACCGUCCCGACACUUAUGGUCUCUCCAGCACUAACGGCACUCAUGCCACUGGUGACGGUCAGAAGAUGUUGAUGGCCAUUGGUGCCAACGGUAUUGACAUGGACAAGGUCCAGGUCCACCCGACUGGUCUGAUUGACCCCAAAGAUCCCACUUCCAAGUGGAAGUUUUUGGCUGCUGAGGCACUCCGUGGUGAGGGUGGUCUCUUGUUGAACUCUGAUGGUGAGCGAUUCUCUGAUGAGUUGGGUCACCGUGACUACGUGUCUGGUCAGAUGUGGAAGGAGAAGGAGAAGAAUAAGUGGCCCAUCCGCUUGAUUCUCAACAGCAAGGCUUCCAACGUCCUUGACUUCCAUACUCGCCACUACUCUGGUCGUGGAUUGAUGAAGAAGAUGACUGGAAAGGAAUUGGCCAAGGAGAUUGGCUGUGGUGAGGCUGCUCUUAAGAAGACCUUUGAUGAGUACAACCUUAUCGCCGAGGGCAAGAAGAAGGAUCCUUGGGGCAAGAAGUUCUUCCACAACUUGCCUUUCAGCAUUGAUGACACUUUCCAUGUUGCCUUGAUGGAGCCUGUUCUCCACUUUACUAUGGGUGGUAUUGAGAUUAACGACAAGGCCCAAGUCUUGAACUCUGAGAAGAAGCCUUUCGAAGGUCUUUAUGCCUGUGGUGAGUUGGCUGGUGGUGUCCACGGUGCCAACCGUCUUGGUGGUUCGUCGCUUCUUGGUUGCGUUGUCUACGGUCGUGUUGCUGGUGACAGUGCCAGCCAGUACCUCUUCCAGAAGGUCCUUUCUGGUGUUUCCACUGCCCAGCAUCGUCUUGGCCAGAUCUCCUUGCACAUUGACCCUUCUACCCCUGGAAAGUUCUCCGUCGAGUGGACCGGAUCCUCCGAAGGCAAGGACCCUGCUUCUGCUCGUGUUGAAGCUUCUGCUGCCGCCGCUGCUGCUGCUCCCUCUGCACCAGCCAAGUCUGCAACCCCCGCGGCAAAGGAUGUCUCUGAUUUCAAGGUUCCCGAGAAGGAAUUCACCAUGGAAGAAGUUGCCAAGCACAACAAGAAGGAUGAUCUGUGGAUUGUUGUCAAGGGUGUUGUCAUGGAUGUGACCAACUGGUUGGAUGAGCACCCAGGUGGCGCUCAAGCUUUAUUCAGCCACAUGGGUCGUGAUGCGACAGAGGAAUUCGAGAUGCUCCACGACGACGAAGUCAUUCCCAAAUACGCAUCAGAGAUUGUUAUUGGCCGCGUCAAGGGCCAACAACCCCGUCUCGAGUACUAA